AUGGCCGAAUCAUACUCCCUCGCGACCCGCGUCAAGCUCAACAAUGGGCUCACGAUGCCGCAGAUCCAUCUGGGUGUAUAUCUGAUGUCUGGAAACGAAGCUUCAAGAGCUGUUCAAUAUGCGUUGGAGGCUGGAUACCGAGCGUUCGACUCAGCGCAGAUGUAUCAUAAUGAAAGAGAUGUUGGGAAUGCGAUUUCGAGCUAUUUGAAGGCGCAUCCGGAGCUUAAGAGGGAGGAUAUACAUUAUACGUCGAAGCUGGCGAGUAAUAGUGAUUAUGAUAGGGCGAGGAAGAGCAUCAAGAAUAGUGUCAAGGAGUGUGGACUUGGAUAUAUUGAUCUUUUCUUGCUGCAUAGUCCGUACGGUGGGAAGCAAGCGAGAUUAGACAGUUGGAGAGCUGUCGAGGAUGCUAUUCAGGAUGGUGAGGUUAGGAUUGGUGGUGUUAGCAACUACGGUCCGAAACAUAUCGAUGAACUCCUCGCGAGCAACCCUCGCAUCAAACCCGCCGUAAACCAAAUCGAAGUCCACCCCUUCAACACUCGAACCAACAUCACCGACCACUGCAAGAAAAACGACAUCAUAGUCGAAGCCUACGCACCUCUCGCUCGAGCCCUACGAAUGAACAAUCCGACAAUCGUCGAACUCGCCAAGAAAUACAGCUGCACCUCAGGACAACUCCUGGUACGAUGGAGUCUCCAGCACGGAUUCGUGCCUCUCCCAAAAAGCGUGCGCAAAGAACGUAUCGUCGAAAACGCCAACAUCGGGUUCUUCCAAAUUGAGGACGAAGACAUGAAGCGAAUGGAUGCGUUGGACGAGUAUCUCGUGACGGAUUGGGAUCCCGUCGAUGCCGAUUAG